AUGGCUGGAGGGGUUGCUGAUGCCGCGAAUGGACACGGCGUGGAGAGGACGACCAGCCGUGGCACAAUCGUCCACACCGCAAACCGUGGCAUGAGUGAGGCCGCUGUCGAGAUCACGUCUGGUCCGAUGGACCAACAUGAAGCACAGACCGCAUUGCCGGUUACAAGCGACCUGCGCCGACACUUGAUGGCCAUAUUGACAAUAUUCGGCAAUCUUUUGCAGAUGGUGGUCAACUUUUCUGGAUUGGGCGGCGGAUUCGAACUAGGAAAGCUACUCGGGGCCAGUACUGCAAAUGCCCAAUGGAUCGCUGCGAGUUAUGGCUUGACUCAAGGAGCAUUUGUCCUCAUCGCAGGUCCAAUCGGGGCCGUCUACGGACACAAGAAUAUGCUGAUAUAUGGCACGCUCUGGCUGGGCGUGUGUAACCUCGUCUGUGGGUUCUGCGACAACUUCAUCGCAUUUGUUAUCAUGCGAGCACUGGCCGGCAUUGGCGGAGGCUUCAUCAUGCCGAACGCUGUGGCCAUUCUCACCAUCACCAAUCCUCCUGGACCGACCCGAAAUCUGCUGUUGGGAUUCUUCGGCGCAUCCGCCCCGCUUGGGGGAUGGCUGGGAGCACUCUUUCUCGGACUAUUCCAGCAAUACACGGCAUACAAAUGGUUCUUCCUGCUCAUUUUCCUUCUAUGCACUGUCACGGCCCUCGCCCUGAACAUGCUCAUUCCACAUGAAGUCCCCGUCAAUCGGCAUGGAAAGCUGGAUUGGACAGGGGCGGGCUUGGUUGUGGCGGCCUUGAUCCUAUUCUGCUUCGCCUGGAAUCAAGCCGCCGGCGCUGGAUGGUCAGAUGCGGCCGUGAUUACAUGUCUCAUCGUCUCCAUCGUCUUGCUGGGGUUGUUCCUGGGUUGGGAACAAUACGUGGCCCCUCAUCCUAUCAUGCCCCUCAGCAUCUUCAAGGCACCAUCGUUUGGCGUCCUCAUUCUCGUGGUGCUCUUCAACUUCAUGGCCGUGGGCAUCUUCUGUUGGUAUCAAGUGUUGUGGCUGCAGGAGAUCUGGAAUUGGUCGCUGUUGCAUUUUGCCUUGAGUUGGACACCUUUCGUCAUCUGUGCCAUUGCUGCCGCUUCGCUCUCUGCCUGGCUGGUCCCUCGACUAGACGCCCAGUGGAUCCUGGCCAUCGGCACUCUCACCAUACUCGCUGCCUGUCUGCUGAUGGCGACCUUAACAGAGCGGCGGAUCUACUGGCCGCAAGUCUUCCCCUCAGUUGUGCUGUACGCCUUCUCCCCCGAUCUGGUCUACACGGCUGCCCAGAUCAUCGCCAGCAACUCCGUCGGUCGCCAACAUCAAGGCACAGCCGGUUCACUGAUCAGCGUCCUGAAUUUGUAUGGAGUCAGUCUGGGCCUGGGGUUUGCAGGAACAAUCGAGGUCCAAACCAACGAUCAUGGUCGAAACAAAGUGUUAGGGUUCCGGGCAGCACUGUAUUUUGGUGUAGCCAUUGCUGCGGUCGCUGUGCUCGUCGAUGUAUUUUUCAUCCGCUGCGUGAAAGACAAGAAAAGAGGCUGGGACGAGAGCGAUCUGAUUCAGGUAGAUCAGGAACUGGAAGAUCGGGCCACGACGAGUGGAGCGUCACCCCUGACGGCCAGCAACCGAGUUUAG